AUGGCGUCCGGAUACGACAGAGCUCUUUCAGGUACUUGCGCGGUGGGCGUAAAGGGCAAGGAUGUCGUUGUCCUUGGUUGCGAAAAGAGAUCGGCCAUGAAGCUCCAAGACACAAGAAUCACCCCCUCCAAGAUCGGUCUUGUCGACAAGCACGUCUGCCUCGCUUUCGCCGGCCUGAACGCCGAUGCCAGAAUCCUGGUGGACAAGGCCCGCCUAGAAGCCCAGUCGCACCGUCUCAACCUCGAGGAUCCCGUCACGAUCGAGUACAUCACAAAGUAUAUUGCCGGCGUGCAGCAGCGGUAUACACAGAGUGGUGGUGUCCGUCCCUUUGGUAUCAGCACCUUGAUCGUCGGCUUCGACAACGGCAGCGAUGUGCCCAGACUCUACCAGACCGAGCCCUCGGGCAUUUACUCUGCAUGGAAAGCCAACGCCAUCGGCCGGUCGAGCAAGACGGUUCGCGAAUUCCUCGAGCGCAACUACAAAGAUGAGAUGGACCGGGAGGCUACCAUCCGCCUGGCCAUCAAGUCCCUCCUCGAAGUUGUGCAGACGGGCGCCAAGAACAUUGAGAUCGCCAUCAUGGCUCCCGGCAAGGAGCUCGAGAUGCUCCCCGUGGAGGACAUUGAGAACUACGUCAAGAACAUUGAGCAGGAGAAGCAGGAGGAGGCGGAUAAGAAGAAGAAGGGCCGGACUCCUGGCACGGGCACUGCUGCCAUACUGACCAGGAGCCAGGAUGAGCCAGGUGACCACUAA